UUCGCUUCUCCGAAGACAUUUGUGUAAAAUUCAUCUCUUUGAUCUCAUGGCUUGUCUCUCAUUGUUGUUAGUUCCGUUUCUUAUCUUUGUUGUCUCAGUAUUCCCUCCAGGUUGCUAUGUCCAUGGUAUAAGCUGCAUUGAAACUGAAAGAACAGCCCUUCUCAGCAUCAAAGCUGGCAUGUGGAACAACAACAACAACAACAACAACAACAACAACCAAAGCUUUCUCUCAUCUUGGACUGGUCAUGACUGUUGCCAUUGGAGAGGGGUGUCCUGCAACUAUGAAACCGGCCAUGUCACCGAGCUUGAUCUCCGAUACCGUAACGAUGAUCUCAUACCAGCAAGUAAGUUGAACUCUUCUCUCAUUCAGCUUCACCAUUUAAAGCACUUGGAUUUGAGCAUGAACAACUUCAGUGGCUUCCCCAUCCCAGACUUCAUUGGCUCUCUUACCAACCUUGAAUACCUUAACCUAUCCAAUGCCAGAUUCAGUGGUGCCAUUCCCCAUACUCUUGGAAACCUGUCACGCUUGUACUACUUUGACCUUAACUCCAAAGCAUCCUCUAUAGUCCCUUAUGUUGAUGACCUCCAUUGGCUCUCUGGAAUGACAUCUUUGCAUCACCUUGACUUGAGUGGAGUGGACCUAUCUAACGUGCAUGCUUGGCUUCAUGAUAUUAAUAUGCUCCCUUCUCUACUUGUCUUGAAACUCUCUGAUGCUCGACUCCAAGCUGAUGCUGGUGGUAUUCAUGAUACUACCCUGCUUCAUCAUCUCAAUUUCACAUCUCUUCGUGUGCUUGAUCUUUCUCAGAAUAAUAACCAGAACAUCACUCUGCUUCAAUGGUUGUUCAAUCUCACUAGCCUUGUCGAUCAUCUUGAUCUUUCUGAUUGUUUUCUACAUGGCAAGUUACCAGUCAACAUUGGUAACUUGGGUAGCUUGAGAGUCUUGAGCUUGUCUUUUAACCUUUUUGAAGGAGUAAUUCCAGAGUCCUUGGGAAAUCUUGGUAGCUUGGAGAGACUUGAUUUGUCACAAAAUAAUCUGAAUGGUAGCAUUCCGGAAUCUCUUUGCAAUCUUACAAAUUUAGUUUACUUUGAUUUGUAUUAUAAUAAGAUUGGAAAGUUGCCAAAGACCAUUGGGAGGCUGCAGAAGUUGGAGGAGUUUCAUUUGUCCAUAAACAAAGUUCAGGGAUUGAUACCUGCAAGCAUUGGGGAUCUAAGAAACCUGCAAUACUUGGAUUUGUCAGAUAAUAUGAUCACUGGAGAGAUUCCGGAAUCCUUUGGUAAUCUCACACUUCUGCAGCAUUUUGAUGGGGCAGGAAAUAAUUUCAGCGGCAAAUUGCCUGAAACAAUAGGGAAUCUUAUUCACCUGCAGAUUCUAAAUUUAUCCGGAAAUACGAUGCAAGGAAAGUUACCAGAGAGUCUUGGAAAUCUUAGCCAAUUGCAGCAGUUUAGAAUGGGGGGCAAUGGCAUCACAGGAGGUAUACCAGAAUCUGUAGAAAACCUCUCUAGCUUGUUUGUGCUUGAUUUAUCCGAGAACAACAUCAAUGGAACAUUGCCAAAAGGCAUGAGGAAUUUAUGCAAGUUACAGAUCUUAGAUUUUACAAGGAAUUUUAUCAGUGGAGGCAUUCAUGAUCUUGUUGAUGGAUUGUCUAAAUGCAGGGAGAACAAGAAUGGCUCACAUUCAGAAAGUAGUGAGGGUAUGAACACAUUGUCUCUGGGAAACAACAAGCUGAAUGGAACAAUUCCAGAGAAUAUAGGCCAAUUAUCUAAACUGAGUUUCCUGGGUCUCCCUUCAAAUUCGUUGACGGGUGUCUUAACUGAAUCUCAUUUUGCUAAUCUAGUAAACUUGCUAUAUUUGGAUUUGUCCUACAACUCGUUGCAAUUGAAUGUAAGUGAGAAUUGGAAGCCUCCUUUUGAUUGUAAUAAAAUCAUAAUGUGUUCUUGCAAAGUAGGCCCUGUUUUCCCCACUUGGGUUAAAACUCAGACAAAAUUGUGGGAACUUUGCUUAUCAGAUGCUGGAAUUUCAGGCAAUAUCCCUGCAUGGUUUUGGGAUCUAAGUUCCUCUUCUCCGUAUUCACUCAAUCUAUCAAAUAACAAUUUGGAGGGGAGGCUACCAGCUUCUUUGAAAAAUUACUUUUUUGAUCUUGUUGAUUUGAGUUCAAACAGAUUUGAAGGGCCAUUACCUGAGUUUGCUCCCAGUGACGUUGUUAUCAAUCUCAACAACAACUCAUUCUCUGGGUCUAUUCCUUCUUCCUUUGCUGCUGAUAGUGAUGUUGUGGUCUUCUCUUUAGCUCAUAAUCAUAUCAAUGGAAGCAUUCCGCCCUUCUUUUGCAACUUACCCUACUUGGGAUGGCUUGAUCUAUCUGAUAAUGACAUGUCUGGGGAACUUCCCAGCUGCUGGACUUCAAAAUCAGCCUUGAAAAUUAUUGAUUUAUCUGACAAUAAUUUCAUUGGUAAAAUUCCUGAUGCCCUUGUGUCCAUCCCCAAUCUCCAAUCAUUACAUUUGAGAAACAAUGGCCUAUCCGGAGAUCUCCCCUUGUCCUUGAAAAUGGCUAACAAGUUGGUCACUCUGGACAUUGGUGAAAACAGACUCUCAGGUAGCAUACCACCUUGGAUUGGGGAAAAUCUUUUAUCUUUAACCGUGCUUCGCUUGAGAUCAAAUUAUUUUGAAGGUGUCAUCCCAGAACAAUUAUCAAAACUCUCCUCUCUUCAGAUCCUGGACCUUGCACACAACAACCUUUCAAGUUGCAUUCCUCAUUCUUUUGGUGAUUUCAAAGCCAUGGUAGUUGCAAAUCACAAUAAAUUGUGGUCCACGCUUUCUAUUGGCGGUAUGCUACCUACUGUUACUUAUUCUGUAAGGGGCAGUCGUAUAGAUAGCUUUCCGUACUCAGAAUCUCUCUUGAUAAGCACAAAGGGCCUCCAAAUGCAAUACACCAAGGUUCUACCAUUAGUCACAAGCAUAGACUUAUCAAGCAAUAAGCUUUCUUGUGACUUGCCUGAGGAAUUGACCAAACUGUAUGGACUGUAUUUCUUGAAUCUUUCUCGCAACCAUUUCAAUGGAAAGAUACCAGAAAGCAUUAGUGACUUGCAACAGCUGGAAUCACUUGAUCUAUCAGAGAACGAUUUAUUUGGUACCAUUCCUUCAGGCAUGUCUACUUUGAAUUUCUUGAGCUAUUUGAACCUAUCCCACAACAAUUUGUCAGGAAAAAUUCCAUCAGGAGGCCAACUUCAGACUUUCAAUCCAUCAGUCUAUAACUGGAAUCAUGAUCUCUGUGGAUCACCUCUUCAGGAUUGUGCUAAUAAGACACAUUAUUCCCAAGGUGCUAACGAGGAAGAAGGAAAAGGAGAUUGGUCUGAGGUGUUAUGGCUUUACAUAGGUCUUGCAAUGGGAUUCAUAACUGGCUUCUGGAUGAUCAUCGGUACCAUUAUUAUGAAGAAAACAAUAAGAAUUGCCUGUUUCCGAUCCAUUGACAAAGUAUAUGAUUGGCUGUAUGUUAAGAUGGUUAUGUGCUCUCGGAGACUCAAAUCAACUUCCUCAAGGAAGAACUAAGGCAACAGAUAGAGCAAGAGCUUGGGACAGAGAUAAUUAAAGCAGACAUCUCCACAGACAGACCAGGC